AUGGAACAUGAGAACUUAAAAGAAGAUUCAUCAAAUGAAGAUCAGACAAGGAUUUACAAAAUUUUACUAUUAACAUAUGCAAAAAGAUUAUCAAAAUAUCAAGAUCAAAUAAAAAAUAUUUACUUUUAUAAUAGUAUUAUUUCAAACAUAAAGGAUGGAUCACAUGAUUAUUUGUUAAAUGAACAUGUGACUUCUCAGCAUUAUUUUAUUGAUACACUAGUUAAAUCAAAUGAUAGUCAGGAAUUUUUAAAAAGUAUUCAUUUAAUUGAGGAACAACUAAAUAAGAAGGAAAAUAAGAUAAACGAGCAAAGUUCUGAUUCUUUUGGUAGCAAUAAUAACAAUAAUAAUGGAGAGACAAAUAAUGAUAUGAUAAAUAAUGAAUCGAGUCAAACUGACCAAGUAAAUCGAAGAACACUAUUGAAUAACUACAUAAUGGACGUAAUCGAAAGAUCACACAUAUUUUUAUUAUUAAAAAUUUUAUUUGUUUUAUUUUUAUUUGAAGCUAAUUCGAAGAUGUAUUUUAUUGUUUCUGGCUUGUUUAUUUUAUACAAUAGGGGAUUUUUUGAUGUCCUAGUAAACAAUUUUAGUUUUAUGUCAAAUAAUGAAUCGAUAGAACAAGUUUUAAGAAGAAUAAGAGAAUCAAGAAAUCUAAAUAAUAGCAUGGAAAAUGGAAACAUUGUGGAAAGCUACAACUUAAAUGAAGGUACACAGGAAAGUAAUGAACAGAAUAGUGAACAGAGUAAUGGGAUGAAUAAUGUGCAGAAUAAUGGACCGGAUAAUGAACAAACAAAUCAAAACUGUUUAACUUCACAGGGAUUCAUACAAAAAGGGGAAGAAGGAAAAGAAACACAUGAAAUAAAGAAUGAAAAAACGGCUGAAAAAACGGCUGAAAAAACGAAUGUAAUAAAUGAGUUAUCAACCCGCGUACGAAUGGAAAGUAAUCGUGAAAAUAAUGAUGAUACUAAAGGUGCGGUUGGAGAAUGGAGUAAUGAUGGAAUGUAUGAGAAAAAUGACGAGGAAUUUAUGGAAAAGUUUAAUGAUCAAUUUAAUUUAAAAAUUACUAAUAAAAAUUUGAAAGAGACAAAUGAAAAAACUGGUGUGAGUAUGGAUAACAUGGACAAUCAAAAGAAAAGUUCCUUUUUUUUGUUUAAAAAAAAGAAGCUAGAUGAAGAAAAAAAUGAUGGAAUUGAAUUAAAAGUAAAAAAAAGUUCAUAUGACGAAUUUAAUUCUGCAUUAAAUGUAAAUGAAAAAAAGGAUCAUAAUUUAAAGGAUGAAACUGAUGAUGAAUUCUUUAACGGAAUAGACGUUACUCAUAAUGAUGGUGGUGAUGUUGGGAAUCUUGCAAAUUCAGGUAUUAGAAGAAGAAAUAUUAAUAAUGCAAAUAAUAAAAAUGCUAAUUAUGUAAAUACGACAAAUAACACUAAUGAUAAUGACAAUAAUACAUAUUUUCAUGAUAGUUCAACAACAUUUAAUAAUUUAUUAAAUAAUAGCAUGAGUGAAUUUAUAAAUUCAUAUUGUAAUGACUCCGAAAAGAAUUCAGACACUAGUGAAUCCCGCUUAAGUAAUGAGUCUUGCAAAAAAAAAGAAACGGAUGUUCAAAAUAUUAAAAAUGAAGAGGACAACAAUUCAAGAAUUGCUGCUAGAAGGAAACCGACGAAAUUUGAAAAAUUUAUAUAUCAAUCAGUAGUCAUGUUUUUUAUGACACUUUUGCCAUGGUGGGUGCCCGAUGUAGCUUACUUAGAAGAUUAA